AUGGGAUUACUCCGUCCGGCCACUCCUGGUCUCCUUGUGACCCUCACCGCAACUGUACUAUUGGCCAUCGUCACAUUCUGCGUGCCAUGGAUUAAGUCCGUCUAUUUCCUGAAGGCCGGCCUUGCCGUUGAGGGCAUUACUGGGAAUAUCACUUUUGGGACCCUGGGAUAUUGCACCCAGCUCGCGAGCGGCACGAACUGCACCUCACCCCACGUAGGCUAUCAGCUUGAUAUCAAUGCUCUCGUUGGUGACGACACCAAGAUCCAGAUCCCCCAGGUCGUCGUCAAGUGGAUCACCUAUGCGUUGGUCCUUCAUAUCGUCGCCCUCAUCCUUGCUGCUGGAUCCACGCUCUUCGGCAUCUUGGCUCACAUCCGUGAGUUCUCGGGUUCUUGCUUGAGCACCUGCAUCUCCGGCUUCGGCGCCGCCGUCACUCUGGCCGCCUUCAUCUUUGACCUCGCCUUUUUCUUCAUCGCCAAAUCGCGUAUAAACUCGGUCGACGGUGGCUACGCAGAGAUAGGCAAUGCCGUCUGGUUGACGCUGGCAGCUUGGCUCCUGCUCCUGUUCUCCGGAUGCUUCUAUUGCAUCGGUCGUUGUUGUAUCUCUCGCCGCCCGCGUGAUACGCUCCCGAAGCAUCGCGAUGGCAGCCAGGGUGGCGGCUUCCCCGGUUUCAACAACUCGAAUAACUACGAGGACCAAAUGCGGUUGGACGCUGUCAAGGCUGAGGCUGACCGUAAAGCACGGGCGAAGCGUGGCGAGGUUGGUCUUCCUGCAUUCCAGGAGUACGAUCCCACACAGCCUCUGACGAAGCACUCCGAUGAGGAGGAAUCUUCGGCGUAUCAUCCUGUCACUGGGUACGCUCAAGCCGCACCAGGCACUCGUGCCGUCGACGAGUACUACAAUCCGAACGUGUAUCCUCCGCAGCCGGCGGGGCCGCGUCGCGAGGGUUCGAAUCACUCGACGACAUACGUGGAUGAGAGCGCUGUUGUGCCUUUGGGCGGCGCGGCUGCAGCAGCAGGAACUAAUGCGUACCUGGCCGCCGGCCAAGCCCACGCACGUGGAACUCCCAGCCAGUACAGCGGACAUGAGCAGUAUCCGUCGAACGCGAGUGGAUACGCGCACUCGCAAGCGCCCUCCAGUGUCGCCUAUGGUCAGGCGGUCACCCAUGACUAUCCCACACGGUCCAACUCAAGCCCAUAUCACGACCCCUACGCCCAACCAGCGCCCGUCAACCCACCUGGUUUCGGUGGCGCUGCUGCAUACAACCCGUCUUCUGACCCGUACUACGCCGCGCCGCAACGUCAGACCUCUCACGACGCGUACUACCAAUCGCCCCAAAUGCAACCACAAGACGCCGGCGCCUCGUACUACGCUUCGCCGCCAGUACAGAGCCCGCCAAUGCCUGUUCACUCUCCACCGCAGCGGCACUACACGCUCGGUGGUGGUGGGUACGGUGACAACAUUGUGCCGGACUUCCACGACGAGACACCGCCACACGCGUUUGCGGGUGCCGCUGGUGGAAGCUCGCAGCCGCAGUACGAGGAUAGCCCGCCGGUGUACGAUGACGGGAUGUCGCAGCCACCGGGCGUCUAUGGUGCGAAAGGUGGACAUCACUAG